CAUUUCCGCUUCAAGCGUCUACACAACUGAAGUCAAAGGCCGAUCGAAAACCGCUCGAAUGGGUUGGCGGAGAGGAUUAAAGCGAAACAAAAAUAUGAUAUUUUGAUGCUUCACGUUUUCCCAAACAAGCUUGACUUUGCGCCUAUGGACUCCGAAUGGUGCUUAGACUGCGACGAAGACGCAGUAGCGACGCUGUAAACUAUUUUUUGGCGGAUAUUCUAGUCUCCUUUUCUGUGGACGUCUGUUUGUUGGGUCUACACGGUUUUAACAAGCUAGCGCUAGCCUCGGCUCUGGCGAGCUGCUUUUAGCUGCAAUGGUCGUCGCAAGCUUAUGCGGAUGUCUCCGGAAUUUAUAUUGAGCCGACUGCAACAAAUGGGACUAUCCAGCACCAGUCGAAAACGUUGCGGCAUCGACUAAACAUUAACGAUUCUAAUAAAAAUUGGAAGUAGUUGGGAUUAAGAGGAUUCUGUGGACGCUACAGCAGCAGGUGUUUUUCUAAUUGGAUUUAGCCCACUGACAUUCUCCCACAGCCAUGGAAUCGACGGUUGAUGACGAUGCAAUGGCUGCGUGAAUGAAGCUUGGCGUGGGAAGAGCUGAACGAUGCCCAAAGGUGGGGGUUCUAAAACCCCCCAGCUGGACCACUUCCCACUCAACACCGACAUGGUUGAAAAGCAGGGUGGGAAAAAGGAUAAAGUGUUGUCAAAUAAGACUCCCAAAUUGGAUCGCAAUGAUGGGGUCAAAGAGAUGAAAGAAAAGGCACCUAAAAGGAAACUCCCCUUCACUGCCGGAGCAAAUGGAAACCAGAAAGAUUCAGACUCUGAGAAACCAGGUCCAGAGAGGAAGCGCAUUAAAAAGGAGCCCACUAACACCCGGAAGGCGUUUGGAAUCGGGAUGCCGGGGAUCCGGACUGGGUACCCCGUCUCUGAGCGGCAGCAGGUGGCCUUGCUCAUGCAAAUGACAGCUGCGAAGUCUGUCAACAGUCCAGACUCAACACCAAAGCAUCAGUCGCAGUCCUGUCUGGGUCAGAAGGGAACGCCAAACUCUGCAUCUAAAACCAAAGACAAAGUAAAUAAAAGGAAUGAAAGAGGAGAGACUCGACUGCACAGAGCAGCAAUUCGAGGAGAGGUGCGCCGCAUCAAGGAGCUCAUCAACGAGGGAGCUGAUGUGAAUGUAAAAGACUUUGCAGGCUGGACUGCAUUGCACGAGGCAUGUAACAGAGGGUAUUAUGAUGUGGCCAAGCAGCUGCUGGCAGCCGGAGCUGAAGUCAACACCAAGGGACUGGAUGAUGACACUCCUCUGCAUGAUGCAUCCAACAAUGGACAUUUUAAGGUGGUGAAGCUUCUUUUACGAUAUGGAGGAGACCCACGUCAAAGCAACAGGAGGGGCGAGACGCCACUGAAGGUUGCCAGCUCUCCAACAAUGCUGAAUCUGUUGCUGGGGAAAGGCACUUACACCUCGAGUGAAGAGAGCUCAUCAGAAACGUCUGAGGAGGACGCACCCUCGUUUGCCCCCUCGAGCUCUGUAGAUGGCAAUAACACGGACUCGGAGUUUGAGAAGGGCUUGAAGUUAAAAGGGAAAAUCGCAGACGCUCCCAAAUCUGCCAUCACACCCGUUAAAGACGAAUAUGAAUUUGAUGAGGAUGAUGAGGAGGAGCGUGUUCCUCCUGUUGAUGAUAAACACCUUCUGAAAAAAGACUUUCGAAAAGACACGGUCAGUAAGACCAACAGCUUCAUCUCUAUAUCCAAGAUGGAGGUUAAAACCUAUUCCAAAAGCAACUCAGUCACACCAAAGAAAGCUGUCAGGCGAAUCAUCUCUGACAGUAACAGUUCAGACGAGGAUGACAGGACGUUGUGUUUCACACCAGCGCCUACGCCACGGCAACAAGCCCAGCAAACAAAUACCAAGACUAGAGACUCUGGCAGCAUGAGCUCUAAACAACAAAAAGACAAAAAUAAAGUCAAGAAGAAGAGAAAGAAAGAGAGUAAAAAUAACGUCAGUAAAGAAGUCCGGUUUGGGAAAGUCAGUGACAAAUUCUGUACGUCUGACUCUGAUUGUGGAGAUCUGGAGAGCGAGGAUGAUAAGGGCUCAAAUAGUAUAAAGGACUCUUCUACAAUUAACCUUAAAGACACAACUGUCUUUAACGCGUCUUCUUCCUCACACGGAAACAUGAACUCUCAGAAACAAGCGCCAUCGUUAGCAGAACAGCAUCCAAAGCAGUGGAGGACAGAUGGCUGGAAGACUGUGUCGUCUCCUACGUGGUCAGAUGUCAGCUCUCUAUCAGAUUCAGUCAGAACGAGACUGUCCAGUGAAUCUGAGUACUCCUCUGCUGAUUCAAGUGUUGAGUCGAUAAAGCAAGUUAAAAGGAAAGCACACGAGAAACAAAAGAAGAAUAACGUGCAUACGGUAGACAAGAAAAAUUCUGAUCUCUAUAAAAACUCCACAGCAGAAACCACCAUCUCCAAAACGGAUGUAGAUGGUAAAAUCAUCAAGAAGCAUAAAGCAAAACACAAGCACAAAAGUAAGGAGAAGGACAACGCUCCUAGUCUGGUGCUUAAUCAAGAUAUGAAUGAGAAAUUUGUAAAGAGCUUUUCUUUUGACUUUGAUGAUUCAAGACAAAAGUCCUUAAUUGUUGAGUCUGAAUCUCCAUCAGAGAGUAAGGUCAAAUUAUCCAAACAUGAAAAAGACCACUCGAAAAAGGAGGACAGGCUUUCAAAAGCUAAGUCUGAGGACAAGGAUUGGUCAUCUGGAAAAGACCUGCACAGAACGGCUAAAGAGGAGAAAAACAAGAAGACAAAAGACGCCACUAAGGACAAGACAAAUAAAGAGGAGAGGGACAAACCUGUCAAACCAGACAAGGAGAAAAUUUUUAAAGUCAAAGAAAAACCCAAGGAGGAUAAACAAAAGGCUCACAAAGAAGAGAAAAAGAAAAAGUCCAAGGAGAAGUUGUCCUCAAAAAUAGACCGAAAGGGUGAGCAGAAGGAAGAGAAGCAUCUUAAGGUGGACAAGGAGAAAAUCAUCAAGGAGGACAAGGAGAAAUGCAAAAAAGACAGAAUGCAGAAGGAAGAGUCUGAGCAUGAAGGCUAUGAUGUUAACAAUCGGUUCCUCAACCUGGAAGACACCAAGCUAAGUGUGUCAGAUGAUCAUCAUGACAGAUGGGGUUCUGAGAUGUCCUCUGACUCUUCAAGCUACGGAGACGAUAACUGGGAUGCUCCUGUCAAAGAAGUCAAAGAAUAUAAAUCCAACAACACAGUCAAACUAAUUGUUGAGACUGUUAAAGAAGAGACGAGGAGGAAAGACAACAAAGUCAAGGACAAGAAGCCAGAGCAUAGUGACAAAAAAUCUGAGAAAGAAGUCAGCUCCAAGAAGAAAGAAAAAGACCUCUCAGAAAAGAUGAGUGAGAAGAAAAAAGACUGGUCUGAGAAAACAAAAAUCAACUCCAGCCACUCACUUGAGAAAGACAAAAAGCGGAAGGAAUCCACAGACAUAGUCAAGGACAAAAAAGACAAGGAUUCCCUGGACAGUGGUCGAGACAGAAAGGAGUCUUAUGACGGUGUGAAGGACCGAAAAGAUGUCAAGAUCAAGCAGGAGUCAAUAGAUGAAUAUGGCAGUGACACCUUCUUCAAAGACAUUGAUGCUGUUGGGAAGUCUUGUGAUAUGAGAGAGAGAAAUCACUCUGGGAAAGAAAAAAAGAGUGAAGGAAUGGAAAAGAGAGAAAAGACAAAAGCUGACAAGUAUAAAGAAAAGACAAAAGACAGAGGCACUGACCACGAGAAGGACAGGAGUGAGCGAAGCUCCAUCGAGAAAUCCGUCAAGGACAGAGAUGAAGAUCGGGGCACCAAAGACAAGAAGGAAGGAUCCAAAGAGAAACACAAAGACUCUCAUGGAAAAGACAAAGAUCGAAAGAUGUCUUCUGAACAAACAAAGGACAAAAAAGACAAGGGCUCCCAAGACAAGCAUGCUGAUAGGGAGAAGGAUUUCUUGGAAAUAAAGAAAGAGGAGAAGAAACCAGAAAAAGGCCGAGAGAAAACGUGGUACAAGAUAGCUGAUAUUUUCACAGAUGAGAGUGAUGAGGAGGAGGACGUCUACAGUAGUGGUGUCUUAGCUGGGCCGGGUUCCAUCAGAAAAGACUCGACACCUGAUCAGGAUGAGCUGGAUCACUUCCCCUCAGAAAAAGUGAGAAAAUCCUCUGCAGAAACAAGACACAAUACAGAAAAGACAAAAGACAAAGAACACAAAGAAAAGAAAAAAGAUAAGGCCACAUUUGACACAGGAAAAGAGAGGAAAGGCUCCCUGGAGAAACACAACAAAGACAAGAAGGACUCUGCAGACUCAAAAUACAAAGAAAGGAGAGAUAGAUCCUCGGUGGACUCUAACCAAGAAAAGAAAAACAAGCAGAAGUUGUUGGACAAAAGGGACACAAGUGAGGAAAAAACAAAGACCAAACAUAAAGACAAGCAGGAUCAUUCUAAGGAAAGGAAGCCCUCUAAAGGCAGUGGUGAGAAUGAAAAAUCCCUCUUAGAAAAACUAGAGGAGGAAGCUAUGAAUGAUUACAAGGAUGACUCAAAUGACAAAAACAGUGACAUCUCCUUGGAUAGUUUCACCGAUAGAGGUCAUGAGCCUGUCCUUACUAGUUAUUCUUUCAGCCUAACCGAUAUUUCUGAGGACAGGAGAGACUCCCUGUCCAUAGCUAUGCCACAGGAUAGGUUCAAAGAGAAGGAGAGGCAUCGACAUUCCUCCUCCUCAUCGUCUAAGAAAAGCCAUGACAAGGAGAAAGAAAAAGUCAAGAAGGACAAAGGAGACAAACGUGACAAAGCAGGGGAGAACCGAGAGUCCUACAACCGCAGAGAGAGUCUUCCGUUUGAGAAAGAGCCGAUGCCUCUAGAGGCAGACCCUUACACAUUCCCGUUUGGAGGGAAGGGAGAUGGGGAAGAUGACUUUGAUAAAACAUUGGAAUUUGAAAAAGAGAUGUCCAAAAAGGACAAAGCAACUGGCAUCAUUAGUGAUAGAACGAAGGACAAAAAGAAAAAAGAGAAGCAUAAAGACAAAAUAAAGGAGGAGAAAAACAAGUACAUGGAUGGCUUUGGGUCAUUCAAACACUCCAGAGAGGAUGUAAAGUCGGCAUUGAAAGACAGCCCCCAGAUCACUGUUCUGAAGGAGAGAUCGAAAGAGCAAAGCCCCAAGUUUGAUUUGAAAAAAGACCGAAAUCGAGACACUUUGGAGAAAGACAACAGAAUGGAUCAUGGUAAAUCUAAAAAUGAAAAUGAAAAGCUCACUCAGUCCAAAGAGACAUUACGAAAAGAUAACCGUCCACGUGAAAAGGUGUUGGUGGACGAUGAUUUUCAGAUGACUAGUUUUGGUCAGAUGUUAAGUCUAAAAGAUCAGGAAACUGGGGCUCGUCUCAAGAAGCAAAAAGAAAAAAUGAAGCAGAUGGAGAGACUGAGACCCAAAACAGGGGAUCCUAAGUUGAAAGACAAAGCUAAGCCUACAGAGGAAGUCAAGAAAAACCGCAGCGAGCUGUCUUCGAAGAAACCCAACAGUUUGGAGACUGGUCUGAAGGAAAAAAAGCUAAAGGAUGUUGGCCUCCCUGCUCAAAUGAUGUCUCCAGGGAGGAAGUUCCAGCCUGGUGACAGUCAGAACUCAAAGGACUGGAUGACUAGCCAUCAAAUGAAAGAGAAUCUCCCUGCUUCUCCCAGACCAGACCAAAACAGGCCAACUGGUGUCCCCACUCCAACGUCUGUCAUCUCCUGUCCCAGCUUUGAGGAUGUAAUGCAGACUCCACGUACCCCAUCCUGUAGCCCGGAGGAUUACACUGACAUUAUGCUAGAUGGGCUGGACUGCCAGAACUCAUCUGCCAUGAAUAUGUCAAUGAAUGCCUGCUCCCCCACCUUCUUUGAUAGCAGGUACUCCAAUUCCCACAGUUUCCAAGAGGGCACCUGUCCUACCCCUGCGAAAAACCUCCAGCUACCACUUGUAAGCCGUUCUGCAUCACCUGAUGUCCGCAGGCCGUUGGAGAAUGACUUCAAGUCUGAGUCUGACAAGUAUAGGAAGCAGAGUGAUUCAGCAACUGAUUACGACCUAUCAUCCUCACAGCUCCUGGAGGACAAGUCCAUAACGAUGAAAAGGUUGUCACCACCUGAUUUCUCUCCACUAAGAAUAUUGUCUCCUCGUAGAGAGUCCCACCAUCCAACAUCAGAUGUUGUGGCAACUCUUGCUGGUACUGAAGGGCACGAACACCUUCCUGAGAGCGUAUACAGCAGUUUCUUGCCCAAACCUUCAACACCAGUACAUAGGCCAGAUCCCCAGGAACCGUGCUUUGACAUAGCUGCACCACCAACUCCAGCUCCUGCUGCUUUACCACCACUGGACAUUGAUGACAUCUCAGAGCCUCACCACAGUGAGCCAAAUCUGGUUCUCUCAAAUUUGCCGUGUGUCACGGAAGAACAGGAACAAGAAGAAGAGGAUGAAGAAGAAGAGGAGGAGGAAGAACCUGAUAUGGAUGAGCGGGCUGAUAGAGAUCACUGUGAAGUGGAAGAGCCAGAACAAACAAGAGAUCCAUGUUCUUUCUCUAAUCAAGUUGAGGACCAUUUGAGAAAAAGCUGGCCUACAGUGUCUCCAGACAGACAGGAACAGGAAGUCCACCAGCUUUCCUCAACACAUCCAGCACACAACCACGGAGACAACUGUUUUGAUGAUAGCAUGGGUUGGAACCAAGAUAUGGACCUUAAAGCUGCCCAUGGGGAGAUUGAGGCUGCUGUCUCCAAAAUAACGAGUCCUUACUCUCACUCUGAUAAUGACAUGCAGCCCCUGCCUGGACAUCCCAACAUCUCUUAUGACACCUGGAAUAGGUGGCAUAAAGAGGACACGGAGGACUCGGAUGAGCAGAAGGAGGCUGUGGCAGACAUUCCUUCUCCUGAGAGGCCCGAGUCUGCCAUGGAUGAGGAACCAGACUAUUUAAAUACCUCAUCGUCCUCUAACAGGUUGGACUCCUUUUUCCAUGACUGCAAUAAGCCUGUCUUAGAGGAAGGACACCAGAUGGAUACAGGCUGUGUAGAAUCUGAAAGCAGACUAAGUGCACACAGCUUCAGCACGACUCCCGAUUGUCACAUUUCCCCAGUUGUGGUCUCUGAUCCUGUUGUGCCAUGGGCAGAUCCAUUCUCAGGCGAACCAGAUGAACUGGAUGAUCUAGGGCCAUUUUCAUUGCCUGACCUACCGUUACCAGACAAGUCCGAAGAAGCCGACCCUCGAAACCCUGAGCUAGUUGAACACAGCAAGACUCUGCCAACCCACAUUAGACACAUCAUCACAGACAGAGGUGAGCCAGACAUAAUAGAGGUAGACCUAACUAGCCUUGCAAAGACCUCAUGUCCCUCUGGAAAUCUGAGUUUAGGGGAACCUACUGGACAAGACUUUGUUGUACCAUCACCUCAUACCACCUUUCAGCAGGAGUUGGACCCAGAGCCUCAAAGUGAUCCCAUCAACAGCUCUUUGCCUCUUAACCAACAACAUGGCAACAUUUUAGAUAGAUCACUGGGUUAUGGAGUGCACGAGUCUGAUCCUACCUUGCUGUAUUCACCAGUAAAACCAGAUGCCUGUCAACAACUUCACAUAUCACAGAUCCAUCCCUUCACUGAGUCCAUACAGGUGUCCCUGGAUUCGGUGUCUCCUUCAAAACCAGAACUGAGGCAUGCAGAAAUGUCUGAGACAGUACCAGAAUCUGUGUCAUGCAGUCCUCUUCCUCAUAUCUCAGUGGCAGUCGCUCUCUCCGACCCCGUGGAGUUGCCAGACACUCAGGAACCCCCAUCAAAGCUAACACCAGUUACCCCAACAAUCGUGCCCACCACUGCAGAUGUCCCCAAGAAGGUGGAGGAAAUUCCUCAAAGGAUAACCCGCAAUCGCACCAAGAACAAUCCCUCUGCUGCUGUUCUUUCUACCUCCAGCAUCAUAACCUCAUCCACCACUGUGACAACCAGUCAAGUGGUGAGCAUUAACACGGCUCCCACAAGAACCCCGACACUCACGCCAGUGUCUUCCUUUCCAUCUCUGAAGAAAGAUUCCAGUAUUUCCACUGCGGCAUCUAAUUUAACCCCAGCAGUGUCUGUACCGUCUUCUGUGACAACUUCUGCAUCAGUGGUUCUCAGUAAGACGACCAAGGGUCGUCCCCUCCCUGUGGAUGAAGACGACGCCCAGACGCAGCACCCACGGAAGAGGAAAUUUCCUCGUUCAGCUGGGCAGCAAGUCCAGGUCCAGCUUGUAAACACGGCCAUGCAGCAGACCAGGGAAAUGAUUCAGCAGACGUUAGCUGUUGUUGUCAAUGCCAUCAAGCUGGAUGAGAUUGAGCCCUACCACAGUGACCGGUCCAACCCCUAUUUUGAGUACCUACAGAUCAGGAAGAAGAUUGAGGAGAAGCGGAAGAUUCUGUGCUACAUUACCCCUCAGGCCCCGCAGUGUUACGCUGAGUAUGUGACCUACACCGGCUCUUACCUGCUGGAUGGCAAGCCUCUUAGCAAGCUGCAUAUUCCUGUGAUCGCUCCACCUCCGUCACUGUCAGAACCGCUGAAGGAGCUCUUCAGGCAACAGGAGGCAGUGAGAGGCAAGCUCAGGUUGCAGCACAGCAUUGAGCGGGAGAAACUAAUUGUUUCAUGUGAGCAGGAGGUUUUACGGGUCCACUGCAGGGCAGCUAGAACAAUAGCCAAUCAGGCUGUACCAUUCAGUGCCUGCACCAUGCUGUUGGACUCUGAAGUCUACAAUAUGCCAUCAGAGAGUCAGGGUGAUGAAAACAAAUCGGUAAGAGAUCGCUUCAACGCACGUCAGUUCAUUUCAUGGAUACAAGACGUGGAUGAUAAAUAUGACCGCAUGAAGACAUGUUUAUUGAUGCGACAACAGCAUGAGGCUGCAGCCCUCAACGCAGUGCAAAGGAUGGAAUGGCAGUUAAAGGUCCAGGAGCUGGAUCCAGCAGGACACAAGUCCCUGUGCGUCAAUGAAGUGCCGUCCUUCUACGUGCCAAUGGUCGAUGUCAACGACGACUUCGUCCUGCUGCCUGCGUGACACGUCAGUGCUCACAGAUUGAGGUUAAACUCCAUCUGAGUCACUUCUUCUCUAAGAGACUUCGUUGAACUGAACGAAUGGAAAGGGCUAGCAAGUUCAAAAGAAGAGUUGCUGCAGGAAAAAAUUCUUAAGAAAAGGAGGAAGGUUUGGAAAAACUUGCUCUUCAUUCACUUCCGUGAAGAAGGAAAGGGUUUUUUUUACUGAGGGAAAAGAAAUGACACAACUUGCACUUUCAUCCUUAAAGUUUUUAUGCUUUUGUUUGGUCGGAGUGUGAGAAGCAGAAACAGUUUUUUGCUUUGAAGCGCCGAUGUUGAGACACAACUCCUCAGUGCUUCAUUAUGGUGAGACGGGGGACAGAGGUUUAUUUUCUGCUUUCGUUUUCGCCCCCUGCUUCAACAGCCGUUGCCACUGGGAGGAUACAUCAGAGAGGAGCUCUCCCAGCAGCUUGGUGCCUGUCCAGAGGAAGCCCUCGUUGAGACGCCUCCUUUGUUGGCGUGGAGCUCUCAGUGGGCCAGGAGAUGGAGUCCAGCACUGACCCAGAGGAUGUCGAAGGAGAAUCGUGGAUCUUUAGAGGCUCCAGGGAGCUACGGUCAGCCGCUGGUCGUUUUUGAGAUACAAAACCAUUCACCUGCCGGAUUUACCUGCAGGAUGCCCUGUUUGUUGGUCUUGCACCGGCCCUCUCUAAGUCGCGCUGUAACAAAGCUUGCAGCGGGCAGGACCGCGGUGAAGAAGACGUGUGCACGUGAGGGCCUAGCGUCUGAGAGGAGGACAGACCCUGCAGCCUCUCAGCCUGGCUGAAAAGAACAGGAUGAGCCCAGAUCCCUGAGGGCAAACCGAAGUGUUCCUCAGUGACUGCUCGCUCUGAUGUAAACGCAUCAGCCCGCCAUGGACUGCAACGACACAACAGGACAACCCGAACAAACAAACCUAACGAAUGUUGAUAUUCAAAGAGUCUGUUGUGGUUUGGCAGGAAAAGAGAAAUAUUGUUUUUGUCUAUUUCUUUACUUGGGCAUUUCAUUGUUUCUGAGGAAGUGACUUGAAACACUACAGAGCCAAUAUUAGUUUAAUGGAAAAAAACAAACAAAAAACAAUAGAAAAAAAGUUGUAUUCCGUAAAUUAUGUACAGUUUUUAUAUUCGUUAACCAACGUAUUCUUGCUGCCUUCUAGAUAAUUUAUUUUGCCACACAUUACUGCACAGUUGUAAAUAACCUAUGUACUGUAAUAUCACUCAGUUAAGUGUAAAGAAAAAAAAGUAAAAUGAAUAUCUUUUUAUGUACAGUUCACUUUUGGGCAGCACUUUCCCCCUCUCAUAUCCAAUGGGCCAAAACGUGUACAUGACUCUGUCAGUAUUUGAACGACUCCAGUGCACAGUUGUAUAAACCAGUCUGUAGAUUCAGUCAGCUCACCUGGACGUGAGCCGCUGCAACGCAAACCGCUGGCAGAAACGAUUCUGGAUGGAACGGGCCGACCGCGACACAGCCCCUCAUGUAGCAGAACGGAUGUGGAGGGUUUUAUUUAAAGAAUAAACAAAAGAUUACUAUUCAUUGCUUUACUACACAAUUAUAUCAGAAAAUUUUUGAACCAAGAAAAUGCCUUUUUCAGUAAAAAACAAAAAAAAAACACUCAUUUUUGGGCAAAGCCACAUAGUUAUAUAUGGGUAGGAUGGAAGAGUUGUCAUUCACACGCAAAACCAUUUUUAAGUGUCGUCUUCUUUUCCUCGUUUAUAUAUUUGAAAAUCGCUUUCGACGCCACAGAGCGCGUAGACACGUCUUUACGCUCUUCCUGUUCUCUCAGCUCGUCCGAUCUUCCCGUUGAAUAGACAGGAUAUCCGUCAGCCCUUUGUUCGUUCAUGUUGUUCCCUAGCAUCACUAGGUGGUGACAGUGUCCCAGAACACACAACCAUUUGGCUUGCCAUGGAUGUUUUUAAGUAUUUUUGAAUUUUAUCACAACCAGUCGGAUGGUUAAGUUUCCUCAUCCUAGUUUAGGAAACAGCUCAAGUCACAUCAUACUUCCUACUUUUAUUCACUUAUAAACUACCAUCAGAUAGUUUAGGGGUUUUAAAUUUUAGUUUACUUCAUAUUUUGUUGCGUCAGGCCCAAGAAGACCGUUACGAGACUUAAAUCUUUGUUAGCGUAAACCAAAAAUGUGAACAAAAACACAUACGGUGGAGGGGGAAAGACAGUACAUUAGACCUUUUUUUGUUUGUUUAUACAAGAUUCCGUUCGAAAUGUCAAUUUAUGUCUAUACGUAUCGAUCCCUACGUUUGGUUGUUCUGAUGAGCGCUCCCGACCCGGCACGAUGGCUGCCCGUCUGCGAGAGAGAGCUGCUCGCGUAUCCCAAAGGCAAAAUGAUCUGAAACACAUUUACACUCAUUUGGCGUUGCGUGUAUGGCGUGUCUAGUCGAGUGCAAUGGUUGUUGCUAUUACACUGUGCAGACAAGGUGGCUAGAUAUUAUAGUUCUGGAUAUGUUGGAGAGGGAAACGCAUCUGAGCAAACAUACAGGAAAAGAAACCUUUACAAGUAGCCAGAAAUGUGUUGUUUUCCUUUAGCUCUGUUCGUCUUGUUUCUUGUUUUUGGGAAGAAAGUGUUUGUUCAAAGUCUUCAUGUAUGUGUGUAUUUUCCUUUCAUUUUAGCCUUGUGUAUGUUGUUCAUCUCUCUGUUAUUUGGUAGCAUGUCAAUCACAUUGCUUGUCCGGCAGAAUGUAUACCGCUAACUAUGCCCCGCCCGACACCCUCUCACCAUUUACAAGACACAGAGCGUUUCAUGUGUCACGUCACAUCCCCCUUUUACUUUUACCUUCUUAUUAAAACCAUUCAAGCCCAGUCUAGGUGUAAACUUGUGCGAUCAAUAAUUUCUUUAAACCACAAAGGCUUGAAAUGGUGAUGGCUGACUCAUCAGACAGACCAACCCCCCCUUCCAGAAUGCUGCACAGCUACAUACUGAAUGCGUCCGAACACGCCGUACAAACAUCCAGAGAAUCCACGACGAAGUCCUCGGAUGCACAGUAGAGCACUUGGCCGUGUUGACACGGAUGCUAGCCUGACAUCACCUCAGUCAGCAACAUAUUACCUCUACUCUCCUCACAUUCACUCAUGUUUAUUUUAUUAUUAUUUUUUAUUUUUAUUACUACUUACGGGACAUAAAUAGACUUGACUGCUAUUUUUUCAUUGUAUAGAAUCACAAUUUCAAGCCUUUUUUUCAUGUUUUCUUUUGUUUUUUUUUAAUUAAACCCAACUGUAGCCAUUUCUUUUUGCUUUUAUUUCUAGAAUGAAAACGACUAAUAAAAAGCAUGGAGAACUACUCUUUAAAUGGUAAAAAUAACCUAUUUAUUAUCUUCUUUUCCCCCCAACACCUGUGGUUUAUAUAUAUAUAUAUAUAUAUAUAUAUAUAUAUAUAUAUAUAUAUAUAUAUAUAUAUAAUUUUUUUCCCUGGAUUUUUCAGUUGAAGUUUGUUUCCGCUGUGUAAAUUUUCCUCCUUGUAAUGCGUGAAAGAGACAUAUUGUACAUAUCUCUGUAAAUAAAACCUCCCAGGACGUUUUGCACCCUCCUCUUUGUACUAGUCUGAAAAAUUGCGUAGAAUGUGGGGUUCUAACAGCAACGGGCCGUGUUGCGCUCGCUGCAGGUGAUUAUGAUGUAACAAUGUAACAUUUUUUUUAUUUGUACAAUGUAGUUUAUUUGUGUACAUAUUGUUGGAGCAGCUAAAUGGGGUGGGGGGGGUGGUAUUUGAUGGGGGUUGUGGAUGCUAUCGUCAGUGCUGUAACAGUACUUUCGCCUCCAGCUGUUGUUGAUUUCCUGCAAAAAAUGAAAAAAAUUAAGGAAAAAAGCAAAAAAUAUAUAUAAAAAUGACAAACUGAACAUGAGUGUAGGUUGGGGGGGCUAAAACUGAAAAGUAAAAAUUCUAAAUUGUUAUUUUCUACGUUGCAUGUACAGAGAGCGCGAGAACUGCUGUUGUUCCUCAGAGAUUAUGUUCGUUAAUAAAACUUUAAAAUAUUA